CCCAGCGACAGCGUGCGAUGGCAGAGACGGUGAAUAAAAGUGAGAAGAGAAAAGAAAACAAAGAAAGAAGGAAAAUCUCCCGUGUUCUCGUGUCCCGUGAAAAAUGUGUCUCGAAGAUCGAAAGUUCUAGAAGAACGUAAAGUAUAUAAAUAUACUCUAGCGCUACGUCAUUUUUUAAACAAACAAGACAACGAAAAAAAAGACAAUAAAAUUGAAAAAGAGAUAAGUUCCAGUUAAGAAUAGAAAAAAGAGGAAGAAUUAAAAAAAGAAUAGAAAAAGAAAAACAUUAAUUAAUCCAUUUAUUUUAAAGCGAGAGACAUGAAUAUCACAGAAAAACUAAGUCCUAACCUCGCCCAAACGAGACGCGAGAAUGUGUUUACGUGGAAGCCAAACAACACAGUGAAACCUUUUAAGAACAAAGCAAUUGAUGCACGAUUUCCUCACCAAGCUCCUACUCUGUGCCCCGCCCCCAUGUUCCUUAGAAACCACGCCCAUUUCCAUGCUACAAGCCACGCCUAUUUAACGAAACUGAUUAUCCUUGUUAUAAUAACGUGUUUGAUCAAGUCUGCUAAUAGUUCGAUCAUACCAAACAUCGUGGAAUAUGGAAAAUGUGUUUCACUCGAACUACCACAGGACUUCAGUAUAACAAGGUUCAGUGGAGUGUGGUACCAGGUAGAAGAGAUUCCCAAUACAUACGUCGAUGUGAAGCAGUGUAUACGCACGGUCUACCAGUGGGAUGGAUCGGUUCUACAAGUGCUAACAGAAGGGCUGGACGAGUAUGGUGAGCAAGCUGAGCAGGAAACAACCAUCAGUAUGGUGAUUCCUGGUAACUACAGCGAGGACAAGCCAUACCUACAGAUCCAGUCAGAUAAAGUUCCUCCAGUUCCUUACCACAUCAUCGACGUAGACUACGACGCCUUCGCUUGCGCCUACUCCUGCUUCGACUUCUUGAGUCUCAAAGCAGAAAUUUACUCCAUUUUGUCUCGAAGUCCCGAAGCUUCGAACGCAACGCUGUCCACGUGUCGGGAUUCGUUCGAAGCGCUCGGACUGAGUCUCGAGAAGAUGGUGUCCGUAGAGCAAGGAGAGCAGUGUUGGUAUAGCGAGGCAGGCACGAAUACAUCGUCGACGUUAUCUCCCCUUUUCUUAACCGAAGACGAAGCCGAAGAUGCCGAAGAAGGAUUCGAAAGAGGCUUGGAAGACGCCCUACUUUCCGUGGCGGAGGAGGUGGCUGGAGCGGUUGAGAGGAUGGAAGAGGAGGUGUUCGGGACGGCGGAAGAAUAUCACAAGACGACCACCAUGCCAACAGAGAAUAAACAACCAAAUAAAGAUGUGACUAUGAGACGACAAAAGAAGAAACACAGGAAAAAGGGCGGUACUAGAGGAAAAAGUGACCCCGUGUCGUCCGCUGUCUCGUCUACGCCAUCUUUUGUUAUCUCAGAUGGCUCUCGCGACUCCAAAAGCUCCAGCUCGACCUUUCCUGAAGGGGAGCCGCCCUCCGAGAGCGGAAGGCAUACAGGUGGCGCUGCGACCUCGACUACAACACCCGGAUUUAUCGCCGCGCUCCAGCUGGUUGCCUUAUGCGUUCGAGUCGUGUUAAGAUAGGGUUAUAUAGUGGAUAAGUUUGUUUAGAGGAUGGCUGUAGGGCUUGGAUUUAUUAUUUAUGUUAUGUGUUAGACUUUUCAUUUUGCAUUAGGUUUAGUGAAUGUAUUUCAGUGACUAUUCUGUGUGUGUGUGUGAAUGUACAUGUAGUAAAUGUGUGCGUGCAUGUAAAUGAAUUAAAGGAUGAAUAAACAAAUAUAUGAAUAGACACACACACAAACGCACACACCACACACAUAAACACACAUAUAUAUGUGUGUAUGUGCGCGCGCGUGAGUGUCAGUGGAAUUCAAUUAAUUUUACUGCAAGUUGAUUUACAUUCAGCUAUCAUUCCCUAAGUUUACAGAUAAGAGUGUUUUAAGAAUAAAGAAAAGAAGAAAAAAGAAAAAAAAAUAUAUGAGUUCGUUAUGA